UUAUACUUUGAAAAUAAGUUCGCACCUGUAAAACAGUGCUGUUUUCGGCCAUCACUCACUAGCAUUAUUGUUGUCGGCAAUCGUUCCUCCGUGGCUAUCUGUUUUUAACUGCAAGUGAAGUUCUCCAAUAAGUGACAUGUUGAGUUCGACAUGUCUGAGAAGGAAAAAGUUGCUGUAAAUAUCCUGAUUGACCACUUUGGAAAUAUUGUGGCUCAAGUUGUAUCCUAUUUAUUGGCCAAAGGACCUCGCAGUCUGCGAGAUCUAACUGCUGAAACGAAAUUGAAAUUAAAUGAGGUGCGCAAAGGUUUGCUGGUUGCCGUACAGCAUGGCCUGGUUGCAGUGUCAGAACGCAAAGGACCUGGUGGCAGUACUACCACCAUUUACACAGCAUCGAUUGAGGGAGUAGUUCAACGCCAGUAUAUACCACAAUUCAUCCAGUUUGCCCGUCGAUCUUUCUCGACUCAAUCUGACCUAGCUGAGCGAGUCAUGGAGGAUGUGAUACUGAACGGUCACUUAAGUCUGAGCAGUGUGAUCCAAAAUGCACUGGAGCACCCCAGCAAUGCCCACCUUAGCUGUGAGGAAAUUAAGUCCAGUACAAUGGAUGUCUUCUCGACCUUUGUACACAAGCAUCUUGUCUGUCGAAGUGAUGGGCCAAAAGAGGACUUGUAUGUUCUCCCUCGUUUUGAUUUAAAGAAUUUCACUAAGAAUGCCGGUGAAAAGCGACACCACCACUCAUCGAAUGAUGAUGCGCCUGCAGCGAAACGCCGCAAUGAUGCUGAUCAGCUAUCUGCUACAAACAAGCAAGCGCUGGGUGAACUGGAUGGGAAAGAGGCGUCCUCAGUAGAUAGUGAUUGUUGCUGGAAACCGGACUACAGCCGUCUAUUCAAGCAACUGCGCAAUGAGGCUAUUGUAUCAAUGGUUGUCAACACACAUGAUGUGGCUGCUGGUGCUGUCAUGGAAACAGUGCUGCGUCUCAGUGAGCUGCAAGAUGAGACAAAUUCUAUGACUGUGGCUGUCAGCAGCUUUGAGCUGUUUCAGGCCCUUCCAAGCACGCCGUUGUUAUCCCGGGCAGAGCUUGCCCUUUAUCUCAAGCUCUUGUGUGAUGGUAGCACUACUGCCUAUUUGGUGAAGGUCGGAGACAAUGCUGGUGGCACGUAUUGUGUUCAGCUGGAUAAAUGUUUGGACUCCAUGGCUGAGAAUGCUAUUGUCUCACUUGUACAAGAAAGGUUUGGCUCUAAGUGCCUGCGUGUGUUUCGCCUCUUGCUGGACAAGAAACACUUAGAAGAGAAACAGAUCGGUGACAUGGCCAUGAUUCCAUCGAAGGAGGCUCAGGAGCUCAUGUAUCGCAUGCUCAGGUCUCACUUUGUUACUCUGCAGGAGGUACCCCGUACACCGGACCAUGCUCCAUCCAGAACAUUCUUUCUUUUCUCCGUUAACAAAGAGCAUGUUAGACAGACGUGCUUGAAGCUUGCUUACAAGAGUCUGCUACAUCUGCAACAAAAGAGAUUAUCACUGGAGAAGGAACACAGGCGUCUCUUGGAUCGUCAGCAGCAGUUUGAGUUACAGAAAGCCAAGAUACUUCUUUCUGAAUCAGAUGGUAAAGACAAAGAAGAUGACAUUGCACUGCUAGAAGAAGAUCUUCUCCCCCCUGCUGAUAAGGCCAUGGUCAAAAAGCUACUUUGCGCGUUUUCAAGGUUUGAUGAAGGGGAAGUUGUAUUAUCAUCCAGUCUACUUUGCCUGUCCAACUUCAAGCUACUGUGAAUCUGUGAGGCAGUACGACUGGAACAAGUAGCCAGCCAUGGCAAUCUGAUCGCUAUUAUAGCCACCUCGUGCAGCAAUCACCCUUUUCUUGAGGUCAUUUAUUGCUUCCUAUGGUAUAGAGGUGUUGCAAUGGUGUCACCAUCACAGGUGUGCUUUGUAUGGAGUAGCUAGCCUAUGUCAUCACAAGCACUGAGUUUGCCACUCAUUGAUGGCAUUAUUGUGGGCAGUGAUACCAUUGGCCGUAUGUCCGAUGAUAGCACAGCAACCAUUGGCAAGUACAAGUACAUGGUUGGUCCUUAUUGCUCGAGUUGUGAAGGUUUUGCGUGUCCUGCCAUAGCCUCACAAACUAUCACUGCUCCGAUGAGUCACAUUCUGUUUGCUCCCAGAUAUAUCCACUGCUGUACCAUUUCAUGUAGGCCCAACUCUCGUGACAUUUUUUUAACAGUUCACCAUUCUCACCUACAACUCUGCCGGAGGCGUGAGUCUGUGGCCCGGUGGUUGACAGCUAGGACAAUGUUAGCCGCCGGGGACACUCCUCCGCAGAUCUCACACAGAGCAGUGGUGAUGAGUGAGCGCUUGGCGGUGUUAGGCUGUUACCACGACGAUGUGCUGAUUUUUUUUUAUUUGAUCAUUUACUAUUAGUAGGGUCACUGGAAUCAUCGUAGCAUGCACUAUGUGGACGAGGUAUGAUUGUGUGAGAUAAGUUGAGAAAGUGAAAGUGGUUUUGUAAGGUUUGCACAUGAAUUUCGUGUGACUCCGUCA